AUGGGCGCUCGACAUUUUGCCCUCAAGCAGGAAUACGGUCUUAGCACCGUAGAACUUGACAGAUUCCAAGAAAUUUUCGUUGAAGUCAUUCUUAAACAGGAUGGAGUUCGACAGAGCAAAGAAGCCAGCCGUGCAUGGCGUAUCCUGAUCUGCGCUUUUGUGGAUUUGUUCCGAGAUGGUUUUGAGACACAAUUACGUCAGUUUAGACGGAAACACUCAUUCAAUGCACAUACGCAAUACUUUGAAAACAUCGAAAGACGGUCUUCCUCGUCUUUUCGGAAAUCAUCACUCAAUGUUGAUUCACGUAUGGAUGUGUGUACGAAGAAGAUCGCCCAGAUACACCUUUGA